AUGUCCGUAUUGGAUAGAUCUAAUAUAGUUAUAUCGUUUCGUGAACAUGUUAACAGUUCUAGAGGCGUUGAAGAAGAAGAUGAACAUGUGAUCAGUGGCCUGAGAAUAAAAGUUAUUAGUGGUCAUCAGCUGGCAAAGAAGGAUAUUUUUGGUGCUAGUGACCCAUAUGUAAGGAUUGACCUUUGCACCAUUGAUGGGGAAAAAACCAUCGAUUCGGUUUUGACUAAAACUAAAAAAAAGACAUUGGAUCCAGUUUGGAAUGAAGAAUUCAUAUUUAAGGUGAAACCUUCUGAACAUAAGUUAGUCUUGCAAGUAUUUGAUGAAAAUAGGCUAACCAGAGAUGAUUUUCUUGGAAUGGUGGAGUUAUCCUUAUUAAAUUUACCCAAAGAAACUGAAGGACACACUGUUCCUUCCCAGCAGUAUAUAUUGAGACCUCGUAGUGCACGAUCUCGUGUCAGGGGUCAUUUAGUUAUUUAUCAUGCUUAUUUAAAUGACUCAUCAGUUCCUGUAGGAUUAGAUGAUAAUACAGAACAAGAGCAUGGUUGGGAAUUGGUUGAUCAUUCCCCAAUAAAUGCCACGCAGAAUGAAGGAUUUCUUCCUCCAGGUUGGGAGGCUAGACAAGAUGCCAAUGGUAGAACUUACUAUGUUAACCAUUUGGCAAGAUCAACACAAUGGGAUCGACCUUCUAUUAAUACAGAAAACUCCUCAUCUUAUCAAAACUUGGAAACUGCUGUGACUGAAUUUCAAAGGAGAUUUCAUAUAAGUGUUGAUGAAGUUGAUACUGGGCGUAGAAGAUCCAGCGUCUUGUCUAAUUCUGGUUCUGAAGAGCAAUCUAAUAUUUCUGGAUCCGAAGGCCUCCCCGAAGGAUGGGGUUUACAAAUAGCUCCUAAUGGGAGAGUAUUCUUCAUUGAUCAUAAUGCUAAAGCAACAACCUGGGUGGAUCCACGGACUGGUAGGGCUAGUGCAAUGCCUCAACAAACUGGUAAUGUUACUCAUAUACAUAAUUCUAUUGGAUUAGAUGGUGAUCUUGGCCCACUUCCUGAAGGUUGGGAAGAGAGAGUGCACACAGAUGGAAGGAUUUUUUUUAUAGACCACAAUACUAGAACUACACAGUGGGAAGAUCCAAGGCUUGCAAAUCCACAAAUAGCUGGCCAGGCUGUGCCAUAUUCCCGAGAUUACAAGAGAAAGUAUGAAUACUUAAAAACACAGUUAAGAAAGCCAACUAACGUUCCAAACAAAUUCGAGAUAAAAGUUAGAAGGCAUGCCAUACUGGAGGAUUCAUAUAGAAUUAUUACUAACACUGCCUCUCGACCUGACUUACUAAAAACAAAAUUAUGGGUAGAAUUUGAAGGAGAAGUUGGUUUGGACUAUGGAGGUUUAGCACGUGAAUGGUUUUUUUUAUUGUCAAAGGAGAUGUUCAACCCAUACUAUGGCCUGUUCGAAUACUCAGCUAUGGAUAAUUAUACUCUGCAAAUAAACCCCAUAUCAGGACUAUGUAAUGAAGAACACUUGAAUUAUUUUAAAUUCAUUGGACGCAUUGCUGGACUUGCGGUUUAUCAUGGAAAACUGUUAGAUGCUUUCUUUAUUCGACCUUUUUAUAAAAUGAUGUUGGAGAAACCUAUUGAGUUAAAGGAUAUGGAAAGUGUUGACUCUGAAUACUACAAUUCUCUUUUAUGGAUUAAAGAAAAUAAUCCCACCGAACUAGGCCUUACAUUUUCAGUAGACGAGGACAGCUUGGGUCAUACGUGCCAACGCGAAUUAAAACCUAAUGGUGCAAAUAUAUCAGUAACUGAAGAAAAUAAAGAUGAAUAUAUCAAGCUAGUAAUUGAAUGGAGGUUUGUGUCAAGAGUUCAAGAACAAAUGAAUGCUUUUCUUGAAGGUUUUAAUGCUCUUGUUCCAUUAAGCUUAAUAAAAAUAUUUGAUGAACAUGAACUUGAACUUCUUAUGUGUGGAAUUCAGAAUAUUGAUGUGAAGGAUUGGAAAAGCAAUACUGUAUAUAAAGGAGAUUACCAUGCUAAUCAUAUUACGAUACAAUGGUUUUGGAGGGUUGUUCUUUCAUUCAACAAUGAAAUGCGUUCUAGAUUACUUCAAUUUGUAACUGGUACAUCAAGAGUUCCAAUGAACGGUUUCAAAGAACUAUAUGGAAGCAAUGGGCCACAGAUGUUCACUAUUGAAAAGUGGGGUAGUCCAGAAAAUUUCCCCCGUGCUCAUACUUGUUUUAAUCGUCUGGAUUUGCCACCUUAUGAAAGCUACCAAGACUUAAGGGAAAAACUAGUCAAGGCCAUCGAAGGAUCCCAAGGUUUUGCUGGAGUUGAUUAG